GCGUUACGACUUACCAGGAAAAAGAAACGGACGAUGGGACGAUGCCAAAUCCACGAUGCCAGUCAUGAAUCAAUUUGGUUGGCUACCACCGUCUUCUUUAAUCCACGGUGCCAGUCAAAACUAUUGAGCAACACCGUCUUCUUUAUUUGGCUGCCGUUUUCAAUCCAUGAUGUUCAACUUUCAUAAUGAGAGUGAAGAAAGAGGUGGUAUAGAGGUUAAGGAUGAUUUCAAAGAUUCAAAAUCAAGAGACGUCAUUAAUAAAAUACAAAAGCCAUGGUAUCUUCACUGCUAAAGAUGGUAGAAGAAUGCAUCCCUAUUGAGAAAUUGACGCUGGAAUCCAAGAACAGUGCGAUUACAGCACGGGUGUCGGGCCUGUGGGAUUCUUACAGAUUUCACGAUGAAAAAGACCUACUUGUUGGAAAACAUUUUCACUUUGCCAUUUUGCUAAUGACAAUGUUUGUUUCCAUUUAGGUUUUGAUAUUGACAAACCGUCGGGAAUAUGGAACAAAAUGAAAAGAUAGAAAAAGUUGCCGCCCUGCCACUGCCGCUGGCCCAGCCGAACCCCAGGCCCGGGCCAACCUUGCCUCCAUCGCCGACUCCCUCAACCGGCUCCACCUCAAAGUUGACGGGAUGGGUGGCUACCUUGAACGGCUGGACGUGGCCGUUCAACGCCAAGGAUACGCGAUGAACUCGUACUUCCAAGGCAUCAACUACGUCCCCCCACCGUACCACGGCACGUUCCUUGGGGAAGUGUACGGUGACGAAGACGAAGCCGAUGAUUCCUACGCCCCGUCAAGCUCCCCGGAUGAAGACGAGUUUGACGAUGCCAUCGAUGGGGAUGAGAUGGACGUCGACGACGACGAGGAGGAAACCGAAGACGAAGACUAGGACUCCCCUAGAAUUUCUAUCUCUUUUACUUUAAUUAUCCUGUUUUUUUAAUGCUUCCGUUGUAUUCCGCUAUUUCCCUUUAUUAAAUAAAAUCAGUUCGUUUAUCUUUUUGUUAAUGUCAAAAGGGGGAAGAAAAGGGCUAUGCAUAUACUAAGGGGGAACGUCUCUAUAAACGAGACCGUUUGAUUUUAAUCCAACUAAAUUUUUUUUGGCACAAAUUAAGGGGGAACUUUUUUUUACAACUUUUGAAAAACAAAUAACCCUUAGUAUGCAUAUCCCCGUCUUGUUUGCCAUUAUCAAAAAGGGGGAAAUUGUUGGAACACGGGUUUACGCCUACGUCGUACUAAACUGUGUUCGUUCUUAUGACAGGUUUUGAUAAUGCCAAACCGCCGCGACAUGUCAAAGCUAAAGUGAGCAAAACUAAGGCGAAGGAACAUGGCAUGAUGAAUUGAGAACCAAGAACCCAGAAUCAAGAUCGAAGAACUAGAAUUGUUUUGAGUCGGUCUCAAUGUGAUCAAGACCGGCACAAAAUUCCAAAUCUUGGCUCUCUAGGCUCAAUUCAUAAAAAUCUCUUUUGCAUGUUCAAAAAUAUUUUUCUUAAGUUUAAACUUGGGUAAAAACGCUUGGAGUUCGCCCAAACCAAAAACCAA